AGGUUUGUUUUGUUAGCUUCGUUUUGACGCAUUAGGUCGCGCCUACACACGAUUCAGCUCGAGCAACGUGGUUGAGCAGGCACUUUCGCCUCUCUCAACGCAUUACUUUGCACCGUUUUGCCGUCGUUUUCUUUUUUUGUAUUUUUUUUUUGUUUUCUGCUCCCGCUUUCCUCCUUCCUGUGCGGUUAUUCUUUCGGAAAGGGUGUCGUGGCUUUGCGGCAUUGUGGAGAUUGCACCUCAGCCAAGCGGGCAACUGCUUCAGCAUUGACCGCCGCCGUCCUCUCCGAGUCUCUUUCUCGACUAGUGCGUUUUUUUCCCUCUCUCCGUUCACGUACGCGAAGCUAGGUAAGAGCUUCUUCUUUUUUAACUUCGAUUUUUUUUAUUUCUAGCAUAGUCCAUACAAGUUCUGUGGAGCAAAUUCUUUUCAAAUUACGUCGUGUUGGCGGUGUUGUAUUCGGCUGCACAUGGGUAGCGGAAACAAAAAGAAAAAUUAAACGGUUCGAAAUCACGUUGUUGCAUUCGUUGAAGACGGCGGUUGGCAUCGACGCUCGUGCGCAUAUACUGCACACUGUACAGUCGCACUGCAUCAUAAACAAAUUCAGGCACACACGCUUGUGAAAGGAGGCUUACGCGUGAGGGGGCGAGGGUCUGAGUAGUUAUUCUGCCACACUAAAGCAGUGCUUUUCGUUUCUUUCUUCUUCGUACUUGCGCCAUUUUUUUUUUGCCUCGAGAGGGAUAUUUUUAUAUUAUUAUCUGUGCUUCCUCACCCCUUAUUUUAUUUUGUUCAGAAACAAGGUGAGAGCAGUGUUCUCGUGUGUGUGUGUGUGUGUGUGUGCGUGUGUGGACUUAUUGGGAACAGAUUUCUGAGUGACUCGUCGUGCGACAUCACCAUUUCUCCAUUGGCCUCUGGAGAGUGUAGCGCAUCUCCAUGUACUCUCCAAAAGUGAAUUCAGAAACCUUUAUUGAUAUUUUUUUGAUGUUUUACUCGCGCAAAAGAAAACACCCUUAAACGGCUAAACUGCUUUCAUAUCCUUAAUUCCUUCUUCGAUUUGGGUGCGUGAAACCUAAAUCUGCGCUGUGGUCAACAACGCAACCGUAGUAUUUGACCCUCGGCUCCCUUCGCGAGGUGAAGGCCCACGGCGGGUUGGAACGCGGUGCCUCUGGGUUUUUUCUUUUCCUGUGCUUAAAAGAGAAAAAACUGAGACGCAGUUUCGUCGAAGGCAUUUACUGCUGAACGGCGCUUUUCUUUCUUUUAGUUCCUUUUGAUUUCUUGUUUUACUCCAGAAUAUCACAACAUAAUAUCUUAGCUUUUUUAGAAUAAUGGGCCGUGGUGCUAGGCACAUCACGCACCACCGCAGCAGCUCCACGGACGAGGGAAUGUCGGAGUCCACUGUUGCGCACUUCGACGCGCCGGCGCAGCAGACGCUGACUCACACCGGAGAGGGCAAUCAGGUUUCUCUGACGAGCAAUUCCGAAUGGAGGGCGUCGAGAGCGUUGUGGAAGUCGGUCGAGGCUUGUGUGACUGAUAUCUGCUACACGAUCGAAGACCGCUUCAUCCUUCCGCAGAGCAUCGAUUCGGUCCCUCUGUUUCACAGCGAGGAGGAGGAGGAUCACAUGAGUGUGGCCGCGCUGAUUGGCCACUUCAUGUCCAUCUCUACCCUGCUGGCUUUUAUGGCCUACCUACGUCGGCUGAGCAACUUGAUGAACGGUGCGUCGCCUGUGAUGGGCGAGAUUUUGUUUUGCGUCUCGCACCUCUCGCAGGUGACACAGGAGCAGCUGGGGUGGAGUUUGUUUUGCUCGGGGUUUUUGUCCACGAGCGAGUUUGAUGUGUCCGGUGCAGACGGCAGCGGCGCUGGUGUUGCGAACGGUGGGGCGGGCGCUGGUACAAACGGUGUAGGCUCCAACGCGGCGGGUAGUCAGGGGGUGCGACGGCAGGCGCUGGGCGGAGCUGCAAUGGGAAGAGUAGGGGGUGGUGGUGGUGCGAACAGCAAUCUUGGUGGUAGAGCUGGGGGCGGCGCAGCCGGGUACGCCGGGUAUUCCGGCAGCAACGUCAUGCGUUACCUACUCGGCCGCAAGCCCGGCAGUGUUCAGCGGCAAGAGUCGUUGCGUUCGUACUCCUGCCGAAGCUUCUACUCACCAGCUGCGUUUUUGGUGGAGCAAGCGUGCUGGUUCAUUGUUCUGAUUUUCGCCCUUGACACCGUCCCGCUGCAGCGGCUUGCAGUGGCGAGCUUUUUCGGCAACGCGGUGGGCUGGGUACCCGUGUACUCGGCCGGCACCCUGGCAGCGCUGGCGUGUGCGUUGCUGUUCGUUUUUAUGUAUUGGAUCCCGUCCUACGAGGUAGACGACGCGGUGCUGUCGGUGCUGCUUCUGCGGACUCCGCUGCACCAUAUCAUGUCAGCCUACUGCGCCUCCCUCUGUGUCACGCUGCUGUUUGCGGAGUCGAUGCUGCUCGACGAUCUGCGGCGCACCUUCGUAGAGAUCGUCUUCUCUUUACCACAGAGAGUGCUGCGAAUGAGUGGCAGCCACCCCGUCGUAGCGCAGGGCUUGCGGGUAUGUGGAGAGGUGCAGCGUAGCUACUUUUACUUUGUCGACUUUUACUUUUUUCUUGGUAUGAUGCUUUGGUUUGCGCUUGUGUUGCUGGAGACGGCGGCCGGCAUCUCCAUCCUGGGCAUCACCUCACUGCUGCUGACGGUGCCGUGGCUGGUCGGGGGAGGUUGGACGAUCGCCCCGGGGCGUGCGCUGAAGGAAACGGUCGUGUGCGUGGGCUUUUAUGCCGUCACCGCCGUGACGCUCGCCGCGGUUGUCCCAUCGCGGGGGAUUCCGUUUCUGUCGAACGCGGUGCAGGCGGCGGCCAUCUUGCUCUUCAUGGUGGCCCGCUGCGAGCACAAGCAGCCGAACGGGUGCGCGUACGUGUUGAUUUGGAUCGUCAUGUUGGCCGUGUAUUUGUAUGAGAAAACCGGCUCGACUCGGGAGGCGUCGGGGUCGGUGGUGUGGGGACCGAACGAGACGACGUCGCGGGUGAACUUUGCAGGGGCGGCGCAGGUCGCCCUGCAGGACCACAUGGACCCGGAGAUCGAGGCGGCGACCAUUGUGCGGAUGUUGUGCACGACGUUGUGGCAGCUGCUGUCGCGUGGGCUGAGCGAGGAAGGCACGCAGGUGCUGCACUUUAACGUGGUGGUGCUGGGGUCGAUGCUGUUGCUGUCGACGUCGGUACGGGCGGUGGCGGUGGAGGGGAUUGACUUCUCGCCAGCUUCUCCAACUGCCUGUGCGACGGCGACUACGGCAACCGCGGCCUCUGCGACGUCCACCGCCGGGCCCAUUAGCAGUGCUUCAAGUCAGGCCGUCGCUGCUACCGUCAUCCCCGCGUCCGCGCCUGCCACGACGACGGCAGCACCGAUGAACUCUGCGGGACGGAGCAAAAACGGUGCUAGUGCUGCGCACGGGACGAAGACAAGCCCGGGCGUCACGAAGUCGCUCUCCAAGUCCGGUCCUCCAGAUUCUCCCCAAAGUGCGAAUGGGAGAAUCGCGGACAGCAGCGACGCGGCUCGACCUGGCACGGCCGAUACGUGCGCUGAGACCACAACCCCAGCGGAGGCGGUGGAAGAAGACAGCACGGGGAGCGAGGAGUCCACGACUACGGCAUCGGUAGAGGAGAAUGCCGUAGAGCCGGAGAAGGGCACGGCAGCAGUUGCGGUGGGUCCGACGCGAACGGCAGACAGGGAGGAGGAGAAGUCAGCCCCUGCAGGAGCACCGGAUGUAGUGGCAGUCGAAGGCGAAAUAGAGGAGGAGGAGACAGCCAAGGAGGAAGGGCCGGCGGUGUCGAACAGGGCGGAGGCGGAAAGCGCUGAAACCGCCGCGGAAGAGGAGCCGCAGGUUGACAUGCGAGCCGUCGCGGAGGUGACGAAGGCCGUGGCGCGUACUAUUGGUGUUUCACCGACGGUACAGCAGCAGCGGGUACUGUCACCGUUGCUCUCACCAAAGAGCCCGAAAGGCGCCGCAGAGGUGAGGUCAUUGGGGGUGGCGACGCCUGUCCAGACCGAAGUGCGAGAGGUUGCUGUGGCGACGACUGAAUGCGAUAGUGAGGAGAAGUUGGCGGUGAAGGUGCUGGCGGAGGUGAACGGCGUGCUAGAGAACGCCUCAUUAGCGACGCCUGUGUCGCAGUCGAAUGAAAGCACAUCGUCUCCUACCAACCCGGAUAGCGGUCAGAGCACGACACGGACCGAGUCCAAGACAAGCCUCAGUUCCUUCACCACCGUUGAGAAGAAGAAGGGCCGCCAUCAGCGUGACCGGGAGCGGAAGGCGUUGCAGCGGGAACGUCUGAAGGAGAGCUUGCGGCUGGAGGCAGAGGCCUCUCGGCAAGCGGAAACUUCUCCAGUGGCGGUGGCAACAGCGAAGUUGCCUGUGGUGGGGCCGGCCAAGGCACCGGCAACAGUUGUCUCUGCAAAGGCGCCUGCGCCGCCGUUGCCCCGCUCACAGACCGAAGGCUUUCAGAAGAGUGGUGCUGCAGCCGCCGAAACGACAAAGCUGGCGGUUCCAUCAAAAACGGAGAAGAAGAGCGAGACCCCUCGGGCUUCUCGUGCGUCGCAGCCCGAGGCGACGAAACCGCCGGCAGCGAUGAAUGGAUCAUUCAAGGCCACUUCAACGGCAGCGGGGAGUUCCAACGCAAGUGGUAGCAAUGAGCGCAAAAAGGACAAUUCUCCUGCUGCUGUGCGCGCUGCGCAGGACAAGAAACAAGAAAACACGGAGUUCGCCAGCGGGAAAAACAAGACGGCGGCUUCCCCCACCGCUGCUGUUGCUGCUGCUGCUGCGGCGGCGCCGACGACGUCAAAGGAAACGGCGAAAGGGAGUGUACCAGCGGCCGACGGCAGCAGGAAAACACCCAAAUCGUCGCCCCCGGUGGUGCCCUUUCCGCUGCCGAAGCCGCGGCACGAGCAAGCAGCGGCGGCAAAGGCUGCUCCUGUCCCUACGUCUGUGAAAAGAUCAUCCUCAGCUGCUGCUACAGCUGCGGCCACACCGGCCGCCGCGCCUACUACUUCCCUCACUGCAGCAGAGAAGUUGCGCAGAAGUGCGACGAGCUCCAUUCUUUCGGGCAAGGAAGCUCACUCCGAAACGUCUUCUGCGGCCACGCCAGCAUUGCAGACUCCUGCAACACCCAAAACAUUCACAACAGCAGCAUCAACCUCAACAACAGCUAAUAACGCUGCCGUCAAUACGGCGGCGGCGAAGAAGGAGCCGCCGCAGAAGGCACGGCGAGAAGUUCGACAGACUUCGAGUACUUCUGUGGUAGACGCGGCGUCGGCGAAUCCCCAAAAGGCGACGGGGGUGGCACCGCAGAAACCCUCCAUCACGCAAGGAAAAGAAUUGCCGACAGGCAAGAAGGAUGCACCGUCACAUGCAGUGACGAAAGCAGCAGGACAGGUGGAACAAACGAAGACGACGUCCCCUGCCUCAGCGUCGAAGCAACCGUCACAGUCAGCGGCGGUGAAGACACAGCCAGCUGUCGCAGCCGAGGACCCGGAUGAGAGCUACGACCUCAAUCGCGUCUUGAACUUCCUCAAGCUAAAGUCGAUGUACGUCGAGGACGAGGAUGGCGAAGGCGGCGGCUCCGACGACUCUAACCGCGGCGGUUACCACGGCGAGACGUUUUUUAAAGCGGAAUCCCCGACGGCGAAGGAGGCGGAAGAUGCCUGCUUCUCCACCGUCCCCGCGCAAGCGACUCCGGGGUCUGUCACCACUUCCAUCGGCCCCUUCAGUACCGUCCCGCAGCCCUCGGAGCACGUCACCUCCCUUCACAACACCCCGCGGCGCCUCGUGCCGCGGUCACAGUCCCCGUCCGACUGGGCCGUCAAGACGGGCGAAGGCAUCUACGGCGACGUUGCUAACGACUCCUUGUCCCCGGGCAACCCCGCCUUGCCAGGUGGCAGCUUCCACGUCUUCUCAACACACCCACAAGGUGCGGCUGCAGCGGCAGCAGCAGCGGCAACGACCAAUACCUCCUUCACCUCCGCUCAGCAAACGCUCUUACCACCGCCACCGCAGCUGCAGCAACAGCAGCAGCAGCGGCUUGCCUCGCCUAAUACGACAGCGACAGUACAAGGAAACCGUUUCCUGCACCCCACGCAGGUCCCGGAGAGGGAGGGCGUGUUCGCAACCAUGACAGCGCAGCCGAUGCACGCGAAGACGGCAACACCACCUGCGGUGUACUACCAAAUGCCGCAGCAGACGUCGCCGUCGCCGGUGGCUGCCGGACAAGCACAGCAGCAGCAGUCGUCUCCCUUCAGUAUGGCAAUGAUGACCCGCGGCGUUGCCGCGCACUCCUUCCCGGAGAUGACACUGAUGAACACUCAACAGCGCAGCCCAUACACCAGCGACAACAGUAGCGAUGGGCGCAAUAGUAACGCCAAUUGCAACUCCAUGUUGUAUGCCCCGGUGGGUGGCACGCCGUUACAGGGGAGUAAUGGAGGUGGUGCGGAUCGGCAGCAGACUGUCUUCUCGCGUCUUCGCGCCGUGCCCGACAGUCGAGGGGCGAUGAAUGAGCCGAUGGUGAUGUCGCCGUCAGCUGCGCAGGGAAAUGGGACGCACAUCCUGCCUGGGCAGCCAAGUCGUGGCUCUGGUCCCGGUCCCAACAUGGCCCAACCGAUGAUGAUGAUGAUGGCGAACUCGGGAGGCCAGAUGUCGCUUUUUCCGGUGGUCUACAGCCAGCCCGUCUAUGUGAUGGACUCCAACGGCAUGAUGCGUGCAGCGCAGGUGAUGUCGCAGCCGCAGAUGCAACCACAUCCGCAGCAGCAACAGCAACUUGUGUACCAGGCAAACAUGACGCCAUCGGGAGCGGUGCAGAGGCAGCCGAACGUGGUCGCUUAUCAAACGACGCCGCAAACCACGUACUCCCCAUCCCCGCCGUCGUGGCAGCCGUACUGA